GUAGAAAUUAACUUUACCUCUUUCUGCAUGGCAAUGGGGCCAAUCUUCCUUAAGGUGAUCCUUACAAGAAAAGGAAUCAUACUGCUAAGAAUUCAGACUUCAGCAGACAUGGGCAGCCUUGGGAGGAGCCCGAAUCACUGAUGGAAUUGGACAGUGCGUGGAGAUGGUUCAGCAGGACAAGGUCCCUGGCUCCACCUCUUCUGCCACAAACGUCAGCAUGGUGGUAUCUGCUGGCCCUUGGUCCAGUGAGAAGGCAGAGAUGAACAUUCUAGAAAUCAACAAGAAAUUGUGCCCCCAGCUGGCAGAGAAGAAACAGCAGUUCAGAAACAGCAAAGAGAGAUUUCUUGUAACUCAAGUGGCCUGCUUCCUGGCCAGCCGGCAGAACAAAUACAAGUUUGAAGAAUGCAAAGACCUCAUACAAUCUAUGCUGAGGGAUGAGCUGCAGGUCAAGGAGGAGAAGCUUGUAGAGCAGCUUGGGCAAGCUGAGGAGCUCAGGCAAUAUAAAGUCCUGGUUCACUCUCAGUCACGAGAGCUGGUCCGGUUAAGGGAGAAGUUACGGGAAGGGAGAGAUGCCUCCCGCUCAUUGAAUCAGCAUCUCCAGGCCCUCCUCCCUCCGGAUGAGCCUAACAACUCCCAGGGGCAGGAUCUCCGAGAGCAGCUGGCUGAGGGCUGCAGGCUAACAGAGAACCUCAUCCACAAACUCAGCCCAGAAAAUGAUGAAGAUGUGGAUGACGACGUUUACGCUGAGGAGGCUGAGAAAGUACGGGAAUCAUGCGCCCCCAGGGAGGUGCAGAAGGCUGAAGAGAAGGAAUUCCCGGAGGACUUACUGGAGGAAUGUGCUCUCGCUUGUUCAAAUAGCCACGGUCCUUCUGACUCCAGCCAGCCUCACAGGAAAACCAAAAUCAUAUUUGAGGAAGACCAAGUUGACUCUGCGCUGGUUGUAGACAGUGAACUUGCUCAUGAUGAAGGGGAGGAAGCUCUAAACAUUCUCCCAGAAAUUGAAAAGGAGCAAGAAGAGGAAGAAGAUCAAGACUCACCAUGCCCCAGGCUGAGCCCGGAGCUGCCAGAGGUGGAGGAGCAGGACGUCCCGCAGGACUCUCUGGAUGAAGUUUACUUGACUCCUUCACUUCCCCAUGACCUGUCUGACUGCCAGCAGCCUUACAGCAGCACGUUGUGCUCAUUGGAGGAUCAGCUCGCCUGCUCUGCUCUCGAUGUAGCCUCUCCCACCCAGGUGGCCUGUCCUUACGGACCUUGGAGCGGAGACUUGAGCCACCACCUGUCAGAGGUGCCGGCUUCACAGGCACAGCCAGAGCCGAGAACCCUGGUGCCCAAUUGUCUGCGACUGCAGCUGGAUCAAGGGUUUGACUGUGGCUAUGGCGUAGCCAGGCGGGGCGUUUCCUCCACCACCUGCAGCUUCACAGCCAAUGCUGAUCCUGGGAAGCAAUGGCCCUCCCAAGAGCUGGGUUUAGAGCUUUCCCUUGGAAUGAAGAACCCUCCCCAGCUAGAAGGUGAUGCUCUUGAAGGCUCAGCUGACAACACACAUGAGCAUCAAGUCAUUGGCCACAUUCAUGCUGCAAGUGUCCUAAAACCAAAGAUGAUCAAAAGAAAACUGCUGUUCAGCAAGUGGAGACUGGCAUGCAGAUUCCCUGGCCUGCAAGCUUAGGGUACAAAGAUACCAAAUACUACUGAAAGGAUGAAAAGAUGUCAUCAAAGUAGUUUUUUCACUUGUUGAAAAAGACUAAAACAGCAAAGCAAGUUCAAGAUCAAACACAACACUGCAGGGAUGCUUUGCCGAGGAGUGAACUUAAGACCAUGAAAUGCUGUUGAUGAUUUUAACCCACUGGGCCCCUUUGAUUUGAGAAGCCACAGCCCUUCCCCAUCCAAUUGUGAUCAAUUGUGAUCAGUAUCUAAGGAGACCAAUGCCCCGAUGGACAAACAGCAUUGAGAGGCUGUAGCCCUGCUUCUCUCAAUUCCUAUCCUGUAGAGAACGGGACUCAGGAGUUGCUGGCAGGAGACAGCGUGUCAC